GGGGGCAAUCUAGAAAGGAAAGGGAGUUUCAUAAAGCUCAGCAGGUGCAAAUGUUAGAAAAAUUAUUGAUGUUAAAGACUUUUACAAGCCAACUUUGUACCUUUUUUAGAAGAUUGGGGGUGGAGGACCUGGGUGGUUCUGCAAUUGCCCACCCUCCCUAUGGCCUGGCUCCGUUCCUAGCUGCUCAAACCUUGGUAUAGUAAUCCAUGUAACUAUUAAUGCAACAGGAUAAGCUACAAGAUUGUACCAUACAUAUGGCACCCCAACUUCAUAAGGUGGCAGUGAUCGGAGCUGGUGUUUCGGGCCUUUUGACGGCCCGGGAGCUUCAAAGAGAAGGCCAGCAGAUUGUGGUGUAUGAGAAAUCAAACCAAAUUGGUGGAGUGUGGGUGUACGAUCCUGAAGUUGAGACUGAUCCGCUUGGCCUCGACCCUAAUAGGAGAAUCAUUCAUAGCAGCAUGUACGAUUCACUUCGGACAAAUUUUCCUAAGCAACUUAUGGAAUUUACAGAUUAUUCCUUCACAAUCGAGAAAAAUGGUAAAUAUUUGUACUUUCCUGAUCGCAAGGAGGUGCUCAAAUUCUUGAAUGAUUUUGCUAGAGAUUUUGGACUGGAUCACUUGAUUCGGUUUAACACUGAAGUAGUUUCUGUUGAGCAAAAGAAUGGUAAGUGGGUUCUUGAGUCUAAAACAAGUGAUGUUGAUCAAACCAAUCAAAAAGAGCUUUUCGAUGCGGUCGUGAUUUGUAAUGGUCAUCAUACUCAACCAAAAUUGGCAGACACUCCAGGAAUUAAAAAGUGGCCCGGAAAACAAAUUCAUAGCCACAACUAUCGUGUUCCUGAGCCUUACAAGGAUCAGGUUGUAGUUGUGAUUGGUCACGGGCCAAGUGGCUUCGAUAUAGCCUUCGACAUUGCCAAGGUAGCCAAAGAAGUUCAUGUUUCAUCAAGAUUCCCACAAGUUGAAGUCAGAAAACUCGAGACCUACGAAAAUAUAUGGCAGCAUUCAAAGAUCGAAUAUUGUCAUGAAAAUGGUGCGGUAGCUUUCGAGGAUGGAGCUUUGGUUGCUGCAGAUAUCAUAAUUCACUGUACCGGGUAUAAAUAUGAUUUUCCAUUCUUGAACACAAAUGGGAUAGUUACUGUGGAUGAUAAUCGCGUUGGACCAUUGUACAAGCACGUUUUCCCUCCACGACUUGCUCCUACACUUUCUUUCGUUGGAAUCCCAAAACAGGUAUAUGUGCUUUUGGCAUUAUUUCUUGGGGAAAUGGAGCCUCUCCAUUUUCUUUUCCAUGAAGUUGUGUAA